AUGGAGCUCGCGUACGUUCACUCCAUCGCGUACGUCGUCUACGACGGUUUCGUGAGCAAGGUGCUCAUGACCGAGCUCACCGGCUUGGACAGCGCCGAAUUGGAGAGGUGGAAGGAGGUGUGGGAGGAGGUCAGGAUCUUGCCGACAGGGAUGUGGACGGUGAUGUGGGCCCGGGGUACGCUCCUUCCAAAGACACGGCUGACGGAGAUCCUCGACGCGUAUCGCCAUUACAAGUCCACAGGCGAUUGUCUCCACGCCGCGCUCCUGCCAGCGAUAUGGUACCCAGUCGAUGCUAGCACCGAGGAAGGCCGGGAGAAGUCGGCGUCCAUGAUGUCGGCGAUGAUAGGCCGCGUGUCAAUGUGCACUGCAUAUGGGAAGACCGCUGCGGCAGCGGCGAAGAAGGAGGGAGACAAGGAGGAGAAGACGGAUAUGGCGGCAUGGGCGUUAGCAGCAUCCGCAUGCGCUGUGUGGUGCUUCGUCGAGAACGGCGAUGCCCAGCUGGCGGAUGCUGUGGAAGAAGGGAAGUCGGCGGCGAUCAUCGGCGGAGCGAGCCAGGCGACCGCCGAUGUAUUCGGAAAAGUCAUGGAGGCGGUGCUGAAAGCCGAGAUGAACGGGGACCGCCCCUUGGGAGAGGUUGCCUACAACGUCGCGCCAGCACUCCAGAGGACCGCCCUUGAUACGGUAUAUCCGGGGGGGAAUGCUGGAGUAGAUGCCGACGUUAUCGCUAGAGCGACGGUUGAGACGAUGGCGUUUUGGGGAAUGUGCCCCGUCGCCGGGCCGAAACUAAGAGCGAGGGACAUCGCGGUGCCGAUUGACGCGCAGAUGAAGGCCGAUCUUGACAACAGGGGGAGGAAGGGUCUGAGGGGCAAGAAGGGGACGAAGACCAAGGGCGGCACGGAGAAGGUCAAGAAGUCGAAGAAGGACAGCACGACGGCCUAG